AUGGAUCCCCGUCACAAACUCCACAAGACACUCGAUAAUCUUGCCAUCGACCAGAAAACCACAGCCACUAUGAGUGCCAGAACAGAUGGAGAGGCGGCGGAUGUACAGGCUACCUCUGGCGUGACCAUGGAGGGGCUUAAGAAGAAGUUGGAGCAAGGGCUGGGAGCAACAUAUGUUGAAAUCGAGGAUUUAAGCGGCGGAUGCGGACAAAUGUACGAAGCUAUUAUCGUAUCACCACAGUUCGCAAAGAAGACUACAUUGGCACGGCACAGGCUAGUCAAUACAACCUUGAAAGAGGAAAUUGCUGCGAUACAUGCCUGGACCCCGAAGUGUCACACACCGGAAGAGUGGGAGAAGAAAAAGCCACAGUGAAGGACAACGACGACUGCGUGGAUAGGCGAUUUGAGUAACCUAUCAAGUAUGACGAAGUAGCAUGCACCAAAAAUCAUGGUCAUGGCUGCAGUAAAUUGUGGUUUUUUCUUUCUACAACACGUACAUACUCGCUAUACCAAGCGCUCUAGCUGAGCAGCACCCGUAUCUCACCACUGGUACGGGGAAACAUAUCUCUCAACCCGGGCUCCUGAUCCUCGUCUUCUUUCUCUUCGUCAUACGUCAAAUCGUCGGCAGCUAUCAUCUUUGCCUCCACAAGUUCAAAGUCCUCGCAGAAUUUGCUAGCCGCUGCUUCUGUGAUAUCUUGUAUCAUCUGCCUGUUACGCAGCCGUUUGAUGUUCUCGGAUGCGUCGAUGAGUGCAGAUGGAAGGAAUUCAUCCAAUUGUUGGCUGACAGCAACAAGUGCAUCCGGCUUAAAAGCAUCCAGUUCUGGUAUCGUCUUGAGGCUCUCGGGAGUGUCGGUGAUGGUUGCGAGUGCGUCGAGAAGAGUGGCCAGGCCCGACUCUUGGAUCAAGUACUGGUGUUGAUAGGCCGUCAAUUUGGCGACAUUUUCAUCAAUUGUGUCGUCCAUCUCGCUAACCCGCUCUUCAGCAAAGGCAUAUUGUGCAAGGACUUCCUUUGCCGCGAAGAGGCAAUUAAUAGCAAAUAUGGCGCUGUCGGGCUCUUUCAUUCCUUUUUGUAGCUUCUCGCAACCAUCCAAGAAGGGGUCUAAUGCUUCUGCAAGCACAGUCUGAAAUCCUUCGCCGUUAUCAUCCGUUGCAGCAACUGAUGUAUCGUAGCUCUUUGCAAGUACUCUCAGCAUCCGGAGCGCACCUUCCAGAAAUUCCGGCGGAGACAGGUCAGUUGGUGCUAUGACAACAUCGCUUUGUACGUUAACGACAUAGUCUCUCAUGUUGGCACGGAACUGCCGCAUUGCGGAAGAUUCCAAUGUAUCGAACAGAUCUAAGACGUCAGAGUCUGCUCCGACCAGCUUUGUGAAGGUUCCC